UUGAUAUCAACAGUAUGCCGUAAGGAAUUACCACAUCUGAAACGAAACCUGAUACUCAAUGCUAACACCAAGCGUAUUAUGGAAAUAUCCUCUCCGACUUUGUGUGUGAGAGAAUGCAUAACGUUUUCAUUGUGUACGGCAGUGAAUAUUUUCCCUGAGACAUUACUCUGUGAACUAAUCCUAGAAAACUCAACCAGUCAUGUGACGUCAUUGGAUGGAAUGACCAUUGACGCUAAGGAUAUCCCAGAGGAAUACGCCGGAAAAUGCUACGGUCAUACAUGCCAGAUAUUUGAGAAAUGUGUAACAAGACUUUCUGGCAGUUAUGUGUGCAUUCCAUUCCAAUUCUGUGACGGGCCCCCAGGACCAGUAGAAAAUACCAUCUUCUCGAUUGACAGUUCUGGGGGUAUUUCUACUGCAACUUUUUCUUGCGUGCCAAUGUCAACCUAUUCUGGAGGCGAUACGGAAUCUGUUUGUAACCCACUCACAAGAGCAUGGACUCUACCGACUAUCGUUUGCUCAGCAAACUUACCAGAAGCAUGUGGGACCCCUCCUUCUCUAGCUGUUCCACACCAAGUUACUUAUCCCUUUGAUGGAGACGAACUAUUGGGCGCCUACACCUGUCCGAGCCGAAGUGGCGAUGUUGCCGUCGAGCACUGUCCAGUAACAAAAUGCACUGGAAUUGAAAGGUGGACUAAAGCUGAUGUGUCGUGUUCAGUGAAGGAUUGUUACGCCAGUGGUAACUAUGAAGGUAAAGUGAACUGUACGGUAAAUGGGAGGUCAUGCCAACGCUGGGACUCGAAAAGUCCUCAUUUCCAUUUGUAUGGGCCAUUGGAUGACUCCGAGAACUACUGCAGAAUCGUUGAUUCUACGGAGCCUUGGUGCUUCACAACCGACUCAUCCUCCAGAUGGGAGUACUGUGUAAUCCAACAAUGCUAAAUGUCAUGGACGGACAUGUCUCGAGAAAUUUUAUUGCUGAACCCGAAUCAAAUAUUUUCACUGGUGUAUAGUGAAGAUAGUUCUUUAUGAUUUCACCAUACAUCCGUCGUUUAAAUGAGCAGACGUUUUUGGUAGAUGGACGGAAAUGUGAUAUAUUUCGAGCGUUUUGAUUGGUGAACAUGUAUUUAAUAUAACGUAGAUAUGUUUUGUGAGUCUUUAAGUUGAUAACAGAAUAUUCAAAAUAUCUCUUUCAAAACGUAAGUAGGCAACAUGCAAAUGUACAAAUAAAUCCGUAGACGUUGCAGUUGAAUAUAAUAAUCCAAGAUUGGUUUUUUGAUAGGUGUUAACUCCCCUGCACCAAUGAAAAGUUUAGAUUAAUUAUCGUCAAACACCGUUGAUGAAUAUACCUCUUAUAAUUGCAUAUAUAUUCGGUUUAAUUUAGCUGUUAGAAUGGCGUUAGCGUCCUUACAAAUCAAACGCUUGGAUGACCGCUAAAACUUGGUCUGCAUUUACACAGAUUAUUUGGUUAUUAGGUUCACAAAUAAUUAAGGAUGUUGAAUCAAUAUCAGAAACAAAAUACCAUAACCAUAUCAGGUAUCAGAUUGUUUGAUUUUUGUCUUGCAAUAUUUGUGAAAACUUUACUUUUCUUGAAUGUCGUCAUUUUUCUUGUUAGUUCAGCCAGCAUCUGUUGUAACUAAAUAUUUGAUCACCAUUAUUCUACCAUUUACGUAUAUUGCGUCUUUUGGUGGAAUAAUGAGAAUUCCAUAUUGAAUUGAUGUAGGUUAUAGCUUUAAAUGCGAUGAUCUGCCUGGAAUGUCGUGUAUCCCAUUCCAAUGUUCAGUUUAAUGAAUUACAAUUCAUAUACCAGAUAAAAUUCAUUAACUGAGAAACAUAUUUACUGAAAACGAAUGUGCUAACGCUAGAUAUUGUGGGCUUCUUUGCAAAUGUUGAAUUGUUUAGAUAUCUUCUGGUGGUUGUUUUUAUAGCGGUGGCCGAGUGGUUAAUGUGUCCCGACACUUUAUCACUAGCCCUCCACCUCUGGGUUGAGAGUUCGAAAUCCACGUGGAGCAGUUGCCUGGUACUGACCGUAAGGCGGUGGUUUUUCUCCGGGAACUCUGGCUUUCCUCCACCUCCAAAAACAGGCACGUCCUUAAAUGACUCUGACUUUCAAUAGGACGUUUUACAAAAUAAACCAUUUUUAUUGCCAUUUGAGAAUAACAAUGUAUGGUCUCCCGACUGAAUACCAUCAAAAAAGUACCAACAAUGUACUUCAUCGAACUGUAGGCUUAGCCUUAAAUUGGCUGUGUAAGACUUGUAAAAUGUGGUCAAUACCAUGUGAUUUGUCAGUACCAUGUGAUCUGACGCCAGUACCAUGUGACAUGUCAUCAGUACCAUGUGACCUGUCGUCAGUACCAUGACCUAUCGUCAGUACCAUGUGACCUGUAAUCAGUACCAUGUGACCUAUCGUCAGAACCAUGUGACCUGUAAUCAGUACCAUGUGACCUGUCAUCAGUACCGUGUGACCUAUCGUCAGUACCAUGUGACCUGUAAUCAGUACCAUGUGACCUGUCGUCAGUACCAUGUGACCUGUAAUCAGUACCAUGUGACCUGUCAUCAGUACCGUGUGACCUAUCGUCAGUACCAUAUGACUUGUCGUCAGUGCCACAUGACUUGUCGUCAGUACCAUGUGACCUGUCGUCAGUACCAUGUGACCUGUCGUCAGUACAGUGUGGUCUGUCAUCAGAACCGUGUGACCUGUCGUCAGUUCCAUAUGACCUACCGUCAGUACUAUCGGCCUACGAGGUUGUCAAGCUUCCUUGUACAUUCUAUUUCAUUUUAAAUAAAUUGCAUUUUAAUGGAA